GUCUUGACGCUCGGCGCCAAAGGUGCGCCAGAGGAUGAAGAUGCUGCAGAUGUGCUUCCGACCGACGUCUUGGCCUCGAAUGAGACAAGGCGAUACGCAGUGUGCGGACACACUUGGCACGGGCUGCAGCUCGUUGACUACGCCUUCCUCGCUCUGACGGCCUACAUCAGCCCUUCAGAGAAGAACGCGAUGCCGGAGCUCCUCCGGCAUCUGUUUCCACAGAUGGAGGUUUCGAUCCGCGAGCUUCAGCGCGAGGAGCAGCAGAGGCGAUGGCUCGAAUUCCAGGUUCGCCGCUGCGAGCCCCAGAAGGGCUACUGGCCCUCCUGGCAGGAAGGCACCUGCCGCAACUUGACGGUGGUCAGCGUCAGCGGCACGGACAUCAGCCGAAUUGCGGACUACGCUGAGAACAUGCGAAUGUGGACCGAGCCGGUCUCCCUCGCGAUCCUGGCCACCGUCUUCCCGACGAUCAGGAUUUGGCCAAGGGACUCCGCGGCACUGGUCAUCCGGACCAUCCACGACAUCCUAGGUGGCUUGGGCUUGGCAGACAACCAGUGGCACUACAGCGAGAUCCUGGAGCACGUGCGGUCGCUGCCGCGGGAUCAGGAAGUCGUCGUUACCGGCCACUCUCUGGGAGGUGGGAUUGCCUUGGUAGUCGGAGCUUUGGCAGAUCGGCAAGCGGUGGCCAUCCAGCCACCAGGCGUGUACCACUCUCUCGCCAAGCACGAGGCGCAGCAGCGUUCGUUCCUGGGCGGCCAGGCACUCCACCAGAGGAGCGUUUCCCUGGUCUUCGAGGGUGACUGGAUUCAGAAUUUCGAUGGUCACGGAGGUCUUGUGCAGACCAUGCUGUGCGACCAGACGCGAAAAAGCAUCGCAGUAGGGUGCCACCUUCUGGAAGGCGCCAUUUGCCACCUGCUGCGUCACUGUGGUGACGACGCCGGUCGCUUUGGCUCCUGCAGGCAUGAGUACCAGCCGGGCAACACCGCAUUGAGCAUCGCGCAGUUCGUUUUGGAAUUUUUGUGCGCGAGCUUUCAGUCGUCCUACUUUCAUUCGGACUUCCAGCCCACGCUGGUGGUCGCAAUGGGAGUUUCGAUGGUGGUCGUCCUUCGCCACGGCGCGCCGCCUAUGCUGCGCUCCGUGGGACUUGUGUCCGGAUGA